AUGCUCCCCGCCACGACCGCUGGGCGCUGGCUGGCGGGCCGCCCCGCGCUGGUCCCUCUUCCGCCGCGUGCUCGAUGCGGUACCUGGGCGGCCAGGCCUGGCCGCGGGCCAUUGUUGCCUGCGCGGAAACCUUUGCCGAAAUUCGAUCCGCGGCCCGCGAUCGGCUACGUGGAAGCUCCCGCGGACGAGGCGUCCACGGAGGAUGGGGUCGCCUCCGAAGAUGAGACGUUCCAAUGGACGAAGAAUUGGUAUCCGAUCAUUCCAUUGGAUCUGCUGGAGGAGAGCCAAGGGGAGGGAUUCGAGAGCGGGCUGCCGCAGAUUCAGAGGCAGGCCAUCCUUGGGCGGAACAUCGUGCUGUGGAAGGACGCCGAGGGGAAGUGGCGGGCCGUGGAGGACCGGUGCUCGCACAGGCUGGCGGCCCUGUCGCUGGGGAGCGUGCAGGAGGACGGCACCCUGGCGUGUCGCUACCACGGCUGGUGCUUCAAUGGCAAGGGAGAGUGCACCCGGAUUCCCCAGGCCGUCGAUGCCGCCUCUGAGGCCACAGCUUGUGCCAGCUCUCGCUCCAGGGUCCAGGCAUUCCCCACAACUGAGGCACAUGGCCUGUUGUGGGUGUGGCCUGAUGACAGCCCCUCUGCUUGGGAGGACGCCUCUUCUGCAGAACCUGCAUCUGGCAGGGUGCAGGGUCCUGAGGCAAAAUGGGGUGUGGUGGAUGUGCCCGUAUCAUACGUCACAUCGGUGGAGAAUGUCGUAGACCCAAGCCAUGCAAACUUUGCGCACGAGGGCCAAAGCUUCUUUGGGUCGAAAUUCAGCCCUCGUCAUAAUCGUACAAUCGACGUGUUCAAGGCAUUGCAGCGUCCCUCUCAGAAGGGAGGCAUCCACAUUCAGUAUACCGCCCCUUCGAAGGACGACAAUGGUUCCAUUCAGGAAACGCUGUUCCGGCCUCCAACCCUGACCACGAUACAAUUACAGCCCAGUGGUAUGCCCAGUGAUACAAGUUUUGAACUGCACUGGGUACCAUGCCGUCCAGGCCUUACUCGUACAUUAUUUGGCAUCUCCAGCAAGCCCCUCAAAACAUCGACUGAAGAAAAGGCAAGCUUUUCCCAAAAGGUGGUGUUGGCAAUGAAGACGUUUUCGCUCAUCUUUGGCCUCAUCCAGAUGAAGAUUGUACCGAAGUUUCUGAGGCACAUCAACGAACAGAAUUACAUAAGUCGGCAGGACAUGGUGACGUUGCACACUGAGGACCUUGAGCUAUUCAGGAGCAACAGACCGUGGCAGCAACAGUUCUACCUGCCCACCCUCUCCGAUGUUGGUGUUGUCAACUUUCGUCAAUGGCUGACCCGCUUUGGAGGUGGAGGACCAAAAUGGUAUGGAGGGCAGUCGGAGAAAGAGGCCAUUGAGAACAUAAAGUACUCUGACCUCUUCAACAGGUGGGAGCAGCACAGCAAGUACUGUGCAACAUGUCGCAAGACGCUGAAGACUCUUGGUUUCCUGGAAUCUGCACUUCCCAAGGUUGCCAUUUGUCUACUGGGAGUCUCAGCCGCAUUGGCGGCAUUCAGAACUGCUGAACCGCGGAUGGCUGUGAUGGCUCUCGUUGCAGCGGUACUUGCCAUGCUCGGGCAGUAUUGGGCCCAGAAGAUUCGAAGCCGUCUGAUCACUCAUGUUCCCAGCACUGGCAUUCCAGAAUUCUCAUUGAAUUGGGGUUCAUGA